AUGGAUAAUUCAACCAUGUCUUACGUAAUUAGUAAUGUCAUUAGUCCAUUUGAAUUGGAAUUGGACUGGACAUCUCCAUUAGUUCCAAAGUCCAAUAGUCCAUUAUUGGGAAUUGGACAAGGUCCAAUUCCAACACUGACCAUCACAAUAUUAAUCUUUUUGUUAUUUAUUUUAAUAAUUUGGGAAUUAGGUAACACAGCGAGUCCUUUUACAAAACGAAAAUUAAAAAAGAAUUACCAGGAUAAAAAAUUCUCAAAAAACAAUUUUUAUGAAAAAAAGAAAGAUCCAAACUUCAGAACAAUAAACUCUUACAACAUUCAAGCAGCAGACGAACAAAAGCAUUCCAACCCGUGA